UGUCCCUCCUCGCUUCCACUACCAUGUCAAAACAAUGGCAUGUCGGAAGCGGUAGCUCUGAUGGCAAAAAAAGAAUCCAAGAAAAACAUCAAACAGACAUCUUCAGUCGUCAGGAAGAUCCAGAAAAAGCAGGCUGACUUGGUUCGUCCAGAAAUAACCGAGAUGCUUCCUCUUUCUGCUGCUGUUUUGGUGGCAGCUGUGUGUCUGACGCCGCUCGCUCCAAUCUCUGCAUCCGGCUCAAGGCAGCACAUGUCCUUGAAGAUGGACGAGGCUUUCCUCACAGUCAACAAUGAGCUGGACACUGAUGUGCUGGUGUCCUGGGUGUCCCAGCACUGCUACCAGUGUGCGUUCCAGCUCCUGGGAGUCAUCCCGAAAAGAAGCGGCCCCGGCGAUCUGGGCUCAGUGGAGUUUAAUGUCGGCACACAGCAUGAGAUCAGUUUACAGCUCAACAGCACUCAGACCAACGAGGAGCUCUGCAUGGUUCCUUUUCACUUUGGCGAGUUUGGGAAUUACUCCCUGUGGGCUAAAAGUGUGAAUUCUUCAUCUGUGAACUGCUCCAUUGUGACUGAUGCAGAACCGGUGAACAGCUACAUGCCAAUCCUGUUUGCCUUCAUCAUCCUUGCUGGGCUGGCUUUGUUAGUGGAUGUUGCAAGAAGAAUAUCACAAUUUAAUGCUGUGAGGGGUCUUUUCCUCCGGAUUGGCGGCUCCAUGGAGACAGAGAGACUCAUCAACUCCGAACUGGGCUCGCCUCGGAUGACUGCCCCGGUGACUGACAACAUCCUCCCUCCGCCGCCCAGCACCAGCAAGCGCCUCCGCUCUCUGGACACAUUCAGAGGGAUAUCUUUAGUCAUUAUGGUAUUUGUGAAUUACGGAGGCGGACGAUACUGGUUCUUCAGACACGAGAGCUGGAAUGGCCUCACUGUUGCAGAUCUAGUCUUCCCAUGGUUUGUCUUCAUAAUGGGCACAUCCAUCGCGCUGUCCAUCAACUCCAUGCUGCGGGCAGGAUCCAGCCGGCGCUCGGCGCUAGGGAAGGUUGUGUGGAGGAGCGUACAGCUCUUCAUCAUUGGACUCGUCAUCAUCAACCCAAACUACUGUCAGGGCGCACUGUCUUGGAACAGUCUGCGGAUCCCCGGUGUGCUGCAGCGCCUUGCCUGGUCAUACUUGGUUGUAGCCAGUUUAGAUCUGUUAGUGGCGAGAGGUCACCUCGACAUCUAUGCAACAGACACCCGGUGGUCUCGGUGCCUCGACAUCCUGCUUUACUGGCCGGCCUGGCUGUGCGUGAUUCUCCUGGAAGUCGCCUGGCUUUGCCUCACUUUCUUACUUCCUGUGCCAGGUUGCCCAACGGGUUACCUGGGCCCGGGGGGGAUCGGAGACAUGGGGCUGUAUGCUAACUGCACCGGAGGAGCCGCUGCUUUCAUCGAUCGCUGGCUGCUGGGGGAAAACCACAUCUACCAGACUCCCUCGUUACGGGUCAUGUAUCGAUCUCACGUGCCGUACGACCCAGAAGGCGUCCUCGGCAGCAUCAACUCCAUCCUCAUCACUUUCCUCGGUUUACAGGCAGGGAAGAUAAUCUUGCACUACAGAGAUAUCUCCACAAGUAUUAUAUCAAGGUUCUUCAUUUGGGGCCUUUUUCUGGGAGUUAUAUCAGCAGUUCUCACCAAGUGUUCAACAAACCAGGGCUUCAUUCCUGUCAAUAAGAACCUGUGGUCUCUGUCCUAUGUGACGACACUGGCCUGCUUCGCUUUCGUGCUGCUCGCGAUCAUCUACUAUGCAGUGGACGUGAAGAAGUGGUGGUCCGGGGCUCCUUUCUAUUACCCUGGUAUGAACUCCAUCCUCGUGUACGUGGGUCAUGAAGUGUUUGAGAACUACUUUCCCUUCCGCUGGCAGAUGGCGAACAGCCAGUCACACACUGAGCACCUCGCCCAGAACCUGGUGGCCACCUGCUGUUGGGUCUUUAUCUCUUACAUCCUGUACAGAAAGAAGAUUUUCUGGAAAAUUUAAAAGUGAACCCCCCACCCCUCCAAAAUAAAACGAGAGACCUUGUUUGCAUCAGAUCGGCGUGCCUGCAGCUGAAACCAGAAUGUCCUUGGGCUUCUUUCUUCUGAUUUUGAGCGUCUUUUUUCUUUUUUCCCAUGAAGCUGCUGAGCCCGACCAAAUAUCUGCUCCAACUCAGGAAAGAACCUGUCCAAGCUUUGUGUACAAAUCUAAUUUCCAUGAUGACAUUAGUGGGGGGAUGUCUAAUUGCUUGUGUUACGGAUGCUUGUUUUCAUUCGUAUGUUUUUUUAAGCAGGCCCCUAGUUUACAGAAUGAAUUCCUCUGUCUCAAGUGUUGUUGUGUGAUUGAGUGAAAAGAGAGAGUGUGUGAUGAACACAUAAAGGAAAAGGCUCACCAGAACGACUCGCUUCAUCUUUUAUUAUUUCCACACCAAAGUGGAAGACAAACAUAAAUGCUGAUUACAUAAAGGGGACACAGUAUAUAAAGAUUGUGAAAAUGUGAGAGUUAACCUUAACUUACCGGUGCUCGGUUAAUCAUCGUUUUUUGUGAGUUAGUUGCCUCGUUCACAUGCAAUUUUUUUUUUUUUUUUUUUUUUUUUUUUUUAGCAGCCGUCUUUCCCACAUCUCAGCAGGCAAUGUGGCUUGCAAUGCUUUGUGUCACUGAACACGUAGAGGAAGUAUAAGACCACAAGUCAGACGACUGUUGAAACCAGUUGGUGGUUGCUGGCGCUGCACUUUGGUCAGUGCAGAGACUGCCAAGUGUGUGACUUUUUUUUGAUGAGGUUUUCAGGAAAGCACCUCACAUAAGAACUUUUGACGCACAUUCACCAGUUAAUGUGCCAAUUAAAUGCCAGAAAAUGUAUCAGUUUUAUUAGAAAAGACAGAAUAAUUUAUAUCAAAAUUCUGUUCCACUGUAUCAUUGAUAUAAAUAAUAUUGUUUUUCCGAAAUAUGUGUUCAGUCUGUCAGAAUAUCCAAUUGCUGUGAGAUUUUGGAACUGUCACUGAUCUAGUGCUGUUUUAAGUAAAUUACAUCAAUUUCCACUUUUUAUACAUUUAAUUAUUUUGUAUUUGCAACUUUUACUGAAUAAAACAUAU